AUGACUCCCUCAUCCACAGACGCCUCGGCCGCCACCCAUGGCAAUGGCAAUGGCAACGGCAACCUCCCCAGCUCAUCUGCUACUACCAAGCAGGAUAAAUCCACUAUACUGGACCCGACGGGCUUCCGCAUGCCCCAAAAGUUCGAGGACCCGUACGAGCACCGGCGAUACCUCAAGGAGCGGCUGGCUCUGGGCUUCCGCAUCUUCGCUAAGAACGGCUUCGACGCCGGCGUGGCGGGCCACAUCACCAUUCGGGACCCCGUAGAGCCGGACACGUUCUGGCUGAACCCUUUCGGCGUUGCCUGGCCGCUCCUCAAGGCCUCCGAUCUCAUUCGUGUGGACUCCGAAGGAAAAGUCAUUGAGGGCGGCCCUGUGAAGCUCCUUAACACUGCUGCCUACAUGAUCCAUCACGCAGUUCACGAAGCACGCCCCGACAUAAACUGCGUGGCUCACUCUCACUCCCUUUACGGCCAGGCCUUCUCAACCCUCGGCCGCAACCUCGACAUCAUCAGCCAGGACACCUGUGCCUUUUAUAACGACAUCGUCCUCUACGACUCCUUUGACGGCAUCGUCCUGGGCAAGGAGGAAGGACUGCGCAUCGCCGCGGCCCUCGGCGACAAGAAGGCCGCCAUCCUCCAGAACCACGGCCUCAUCACCUGCGGCAAAUCCGUCGAGAGCUGCGUCUACUGGUUCCUGAGCCUCGAGCGCUGCUGUCACCAGCAGCUGCUGGCCGACGCCGCAGCGGGAGGACGGGGCCACGAGACUGUCAAGGUCGCCAAGGAGGACGCUGAGUUCACGUACAAGUCGGUCGGGACGGAGCUCGCGGGCUGGUUUUCGGGGAAGCCGGCUUUUGAUAUGAUGGAACAUGAAUCGGGUUUUGCGUAUAAGAUGUAG